UUCGCUCAGGAGGCUAUAAAUAUCAAAAAUUAGGGUUUUCAACUACCCAUCUCCAGCCCGCCAGCGAUCCGCGUGAGCGUCGAAGAGGAAGAAAGUCUAGGGUUUCUGCAGGCUGCAUCGUUCAGCAUGGAUACUCAAGUGAAACAUGCAGUGGUGGUGAAGGUGAUGGGCCGAACUGGGUCAAGGGGUCAGGUGACACAAGUUAGAGUCAAGUUCUUAGAUGACCAGAAUCGUCUGAUCAUGCGAAAUGUCAAAGGCCCUGUUAGAGAGGGUGAUAUCCUUACCCUUCUUGAGUCUGAAAGAGAAGCUAGGAGGCUUCGCUGAUUUCCUCUGUUGGCCGUGUUGCUAUCUCUUUUCUUGCAUGCUGUUAGCGUGUUAAAUGUUUAUUUUUCCUGUAGGUGCUACUUUCCUUUUAAAUUCUCUCAUUUUAGGAGCAUGCCUAUGUUUUUGUGUGAAAGAUGAGUAAAAACUAAAUUUGGAGAUAGUUUGCUAAAUUUUGGGGAAGGACAUACUGCCAUUUUGGUUUUUUUUGAGUUGACAACGAGCAAGUGAUUUCUUAGUUUG